CGCCUCUCUGAAGAAAUGUCAGACAUCGGCUCGGAUCAGGUCCGGACCGGAGAGCAGAACUGGAGCCGAACCGAGCCGAACCAACAGGAGGCCUCGGUUCCUCAGCCGCACACCGUGUUCGUGAUCCUGGACUCGGCUGAAACUCUCAACUUGGUCCAGAUGGAGUCUGGGAUUGUGGCCGACAUCGAGGUCGACAGUUUGAUUCCCAAAGACAGUGACAUCUUCUACCAGAUCAAAAGCCAGCCAAUCAGCAUCAGCUCCUGUGCAGCAUCCCCCUCUUCAUCAUCUUCUUCAUCUCUUCCGUCGGUGAUGUCAUCCCGGGUUCUGAUGCGUCAGGGGCUGAUGCGGCAGCAGGCGCUGGAGGAGCAGCAGAAGGAGGCGCAGCAACAGAGGGAGGCUCAGCGAUGCAGUGAGUCCUCCUCUCCCAUCAGCCUGGCUAACUCCGCCCCCUGCACACCUGCCCAGGUUCCCGUGGAGGUGCUGAAGGUUCAGACUCACCUGGAGAACCCCACCAGGUACCACAUCCAGCAGGCCCAGAGGCAGCAGGUCCGCCAGUACCUGUCCAACACCAUGACAGCCAAUCAGCAGCCAGCGCUGCAGCCAAGCCCCUCCCCCCAGCAGGACUCUGGUGCCACGCUGUCCAAUGAGAGCAGCCCAAAGCAGGAGGUAACAACCGGAACCGGGUCGGCAAUGGAGGAAACAGUCAUUGAUGACAUCAUCAGCCUGGAGUCGAGUCUAAACGAGGAUCUUCUGACUCUGAUCGACUCUGGCCUGCAGCUCAACCAUCCAUCCACGCUGCCGGCAGCCGGGAACAUGCUGGAUGUCUACGGAGGGAUGUCCACGCCCACCGUCGCCGUUAGCAACAGCUGCCCGGCCGACCUGCAUGCCAUCAAGCAGGAGCUAACAGACGUGGAGACCAAAGCUCUGAUGAAGGAGCGGCAGAAGAAGGACAACCACAACCUGAUCGAGAGGAGGCGGCGCUUCAACAUCAACGACCGCAUUAAGGAGCUCGGAGCACUGAUCCCCAAGUCCUCUGACCCGGAAACCAGGUGGAACAAAGGCACCAUCCUGAAGGCGUCGGUGGACUACAUCCGCAAACUGCAGAAAGAGCAGCAGAGAGCCAGAGAGAUGGAGGAGAGGCAGCGGAGGCUGGAGAGCACCAACCGCUCGCUGCUGCUGCGCAUACAGGAGUUGGAGCUCCAGGCUCGCCUUCAUGGCGUCUCCUCGUCCUCCGUCUCCGUGGACCCCCAGUCGCUCUUGUCCCCGCUGCUGCCCAACCCGUCGCUGAGCUUCAUGGACCUGGACGAGUCCCACCAAGCGUCUGCCGUCUUCUCCACGGACCUGGCGGCGGAGUUGGGGGCGGGGCUGAGCGACCUGGGGGCGGGGCUUCUGAUGGAGGAGGACGGAGGCGGGGCUGUGAUGUCCGACCCGCUGCUGUCCUGCGGCGCUUCGAAGACCAGCAGCCGGCGGAGCAGUUUCAGCAUGGAGGAGGACCUUUGAUGAUGUCACCAAAGGCUGGUCUCUGAUUGGCUGAGGGGGCCGGGUCAAAGAUUUAUCAAAGAAAUUGAUAGAACAAUUUAUAAUCUGUGAUGUCCAACAUAUUCAGAUUACAAAAGACAGACAACGUAACCAUGGUAACCACUUCAUGCUAACCGCUGCGAGUCAUUGCUGUGUAACCAUGGUGACGUUUUCCUCACAGUGUUGCCACGGUAACCUUUACGUUCACUUUAAGAUGGAUCAACACCAGAGCUGACUGGUGGUUAAAUAACAAGCUGUCAUCUGAUUGGCUGAUUUCAGCAGGUCGGUGGGUUCGGCAGGUGAGCCCUCAGGUGUGUUACUCACCUGCUUGUACAAAGCUGUAAAUUCACACAAAUCUAUAAUCAGUGUGCUGGAAAGAUUUUAUGGAGAUUUUAUGUAUAAGAAGAGAAAUUUUUCUGGUCCAGAUUGUUUACUUCCUGGUUGUUUCUGUGUUUCAAUGUCCUGCUGGAGACAAAGUUCAAAACCUACAGGAGGGAAACCACGGGCCGGUACCUGGACCCUGUGGUUCCAGACUGGCAGAUACUCCAGAGUUGGCUCAUUGCAAUGUUAGCAUCUUUUAAGAAAGCUCAUGUAUUAGUGCCAGUUUUGUUGAAGUCCUCCAUUGUGGGAAAGCUACCUGACCCAUUUGUCAGGAGUUCGUCCUGGUUCAUAGGUCAGUUAGUCUCCUGCAGACAGUCUGGGUCCUCUGGACUUGAUAAAACGCUUUCCAAGUACAAAUCAUCUAUUAUGAAUUUAUUUUGGUCAGUUUAUUGACUCUGGAGGUCUAAGUGUUUCUGAUUCUGACCUGUGCCUGGCAGUGGAUAAAGAUGCACUAACAUGAUAACAAGCUAACAUGAUGAUUACAUGCUAACAUGGUCACGACAUGCUAACAUGGUCACGACAUGCUAACAGCUAGCUGGAGUGCCGGUUGAGCUGUGCCGCGAUGAUUCUGUUACAUUUUAAUCAAGCAGUAAAUAGAAACUUUUUGAUAUUUUGAGCAGUUUCCAAACUCUCAUAAUUUUGGCUUUAGCUGUUAGCUCAGAGUGCUAACUAUUGCUACAUUCUCAACCAAAGGAAAUUGAUGGAAGUGUGGGACAUUCUCUGCUGUUCAUGUUUCUAAUCUCAGCCACUGAAAAUGAAGCUAGCUACAAUCAUCUCUGCUAUUAGCUGUGCGUUAGCAUCAUUGCUGGUCGUCCUCACUGCACCUGGAAUCACCUGGAAUCACCUGGAAUUGGUCACAAAGGGAAAUCUGUUUCUCUGGUCUUUCAUGCUGUUUUCAUUUAUGUUAAGGAUGUUUACAUGUAGUUUGUUUAUAAUCUUAGCCAAGAUUGUUUUUUAAAUCUAUUGAGUUUCACACUCUGUUACCUUUCAUAUAGAAUAAAUAUUCAAACAGAAAC